AUGAAAAUGAUUGAAAACAAUUAGAUAAUUAUUUGUUAAAGACGACACUUGAAAACAAUAAUAUUGCUCUCUGGUGAUGAUUAGUAAAUUGCAAUUUUAGUUGAUCAUUUCUAGCUGUGAAAGCUUCAAUUUAAUCGAAAUCUAAAUUGCUUCAACUUUGAUCACAAUUAAGUUAUUGGACUAAUUGCCAUUGUUCCCAUCAAUUUCAAUCUAAUCAUCUGAAUAUGGAAAGCCAUUUUUAUGUUGCUUCAAUCCUGAUUUUAGUAACUUGUUUCCAUGAAAAUGCUGGACAAUUUUCAUGGUUAAAUUUACAAGGUUCAUCUUCGCCUGCUUCAUCUGAAAGUAACAUUAUGACUCGCUUAAACGGAUGUCCCAUUUCCGAUAAAUACAAUACAUUGACUGUUGGUCCUUCGGGUCCCAUUCUUAUGGAGGAUGGCCAAUUUAUUGAAGAGUUGACCCAUUUUACCCGUGAACGGAUACCUGAAAGGGUUGUUCAUGCACGUGGUUAUGGGGCUUUUGGUGUCUUCAGGCCCACAAAUACACAGGUUAUUUCACGGUACACUAAAGCUCCACUUUUUACAACACCAAAUGUUGACACCAAAGUGGCCAUUCGAUUUUCAACUACAAUGGGUUCAAGAGGUUCACCUGAUGCCACUCGUGAUCCUAGAGGUUUCGCGAUUCGCUUCUAUUCGGAUCAAGGAAACUUUGAUCUUCUCACUUUAUCCAUACCAAUCUUUUUCGUUCGAGAUCCAUUUCGCUUCAUUUACUUUGUCCACUCGCAGAAGUCUGAUCCUGUUGGUAACUGGCCUAAUCUUGAUAACAUUUUUAGCUUCCUUGCAGCCAACCCUGAAUCUCUUCAUGCUUUCAUGCGUGUUUAUUCUGAUGCUGGGACACCUGAUGGAUUCCGUUAUUUACCUGGUUUCAGUGUAAACACGUUCCGUUUAACCAAUGCUACUGGUGGAAUGGUUUUUGCUCGAUUCAACUUGGUUCCUGAUCUUGGAAUACGUAAUUUAACUCGACAUCAAUCCAUGCAAAUUUGUAGUUUAGAUCCAGCAUAUUCAUCCAAAGAUUUGUAUAAUGCAAUUAAGUCAGGCAAGUUUCCUUCUUGGUCUCUACGAGUUCAGAUAAUGGAUUUUGAAGAAGCCUCUAAAGCUGACUUUAAUAUACUUGACUCAACAAAGACUUGGUGGGAACAUCUUUAUCCAUCAACUGAAAUUGGUAAAAUAACAUUAAAUCGUAAUCCAGAAAAUGAGUUUGCCGAAAUUGAACAAUUAGCUUUCAAACCUUCUAGUUUAAUUCCUGGAAUAUAUCCGGCUCCAGAUAAACUAAUCCAAGGACGUAUUCUGGCUUACAUAGAUACACAAAACUACAGAUUAGGAGCCAAUAAUUAUAAACUACCAGUUAAUCAACCAAUUCGUCCAAUAAUUAACCCAACAGCUCGUGAUGGUGCUUCGGUUUGUGAUUCCAACUUUGGAUCAAGACCAAAUUUCCUACCCAAUACAUACAGUCCACAAUAUCGGGUUGAUUCUUCCUAUUACACUGAACCAUGGACACCAGCUGAACCCGCAAUCGUAAACAGAUACAACAGCUUGGAUAAUGACAACUAUCGCCAGCCAAGCCAAUUCUGGAGCAUGUUAACCCCGCAAGACCAGGACAGUUUGGUUUACAAUAUGGGAAUGGAUUUGAUUAAAGUUUCACCCGAUAUACAAUCAAAAGUGAUUGCUGUUUGUUCAAAUGCAAAUGCUGAAUUUGCUCAACGGCUGGCACAAUUUGUGGCUCAAUCAGAUGACCAAUGAAGAUGGACAUCUUUAAGGCAGCUACCAAAUUUGAAUGGUUAAACAAGAUUGUCAACAAUGAAAGUUAUUUUUAUUAACAUCCUUUGUUGGUUGAAACAGUUUCCAGAACAAUUUCAAUCAUUGAAAUGGUAUUACGGUAAAAAACAAAAUUGAAUAAUGAGGCAGCUUAAAUUAACUCUAAGUUUAA